AUGGCUGGAACAGAGGCCCUCGGCGCCAACGGCAGCAUACCUGCUGCGGCGAACGGCAGCAUGCCUGCCGCUGGGAACGGCAGCAUGCCUGCCGCCAGCGACGUCAACGUCCACGACGUCGUCCCGCCUGCGCCACCUCUGAUCGUCCACCCCUACGCCACCGUUUCUGUCAAAGCCCAUGUCCCGGUGACCUUGGAGAUGAAGAACUCCAACUACACCAAGUGGGCAUCCCUCUUCAAGUCGAUGUGCGGCAAAUUCGGCCUCAAAUCGCACAUUGACGGAUCUUCCCCUCCACGCCCCGAGGAUCCUCAAUGGGAUCAAGCAGACUGCUGCGUGCGGAUGUGGAUCUACGGCUCCGUUGAUGACUCCGUCCUCGACCUCGCCAUGGAAGGCGACGACCAGACAACGCGCGCCCUCUGGUCGGCGAUUGAGCGCCUCUUCCGCGGCAACAAGGAGUCGCGGGCGAUCUUCCUUUCGCACGAGUUCCACUCCAUCAAGCAAGGCGACUCCAUCUCUGACUACGCCAAGCGGAUGAAGAAAGCCGCUGACUCCCUCCGCGACGUUGGCCAUGGCGUCCCCGAGUCGCAGCUCAUGCUCAACCUCCUCGGCGGCGUCAAUGAGCGCUUCACCAACACCGCGGACGACAUCGCCAACUCCGCUGUCCUCCCCGACUUCGCGCGCGCCCACGACAUGCUGGCCCUCAAGGAGCUUCGGCUCGCCAAUGGGGAUCGUGUCGCAGCUGGGACCGCCCUCGUCGCCAGCGCCUCGGGAUGCACCUCCCCGGGCGGGUGCCGCUCGUCCUCUUCUGGCGCCGCGCACGGCGGAUCUGGCGGUCGCUCCGGCGAGCAGAAGAAAGGAGGAGGGGGCGGCAGCGGCUACUCGGGCGGAGGGAAGAUAGGGCAAACGCCGUGGCCAGCAGGCUGGUUACCCUAA